AGGGAAACGGCCCGGAUGCUAAUGUCUGCAACACCCGGCGGUUGAGUUGUGUGGGAUGGAGUUUCGUUGACACACAGCAGCGCGACGUGAAAUCUGUAUCGAGUGUUUCUUCCUCCUGACGCAGCGGGAUCCACCGGGAGCAACAUGGCGGACGUCAUCAUCAUCAGGGUUCAGACCCCGGAGGGGAUGAGGAAGAUCUCGUCUACCAAGAGGGAGACGGCGGCUGCAUUCCUGAAGAAGGUGGCCACAGAGCUCGGCUUCAGUGCCAACGGCUUUUCAAUUUAUCUGAACCGCAACAAGACGGACGAGAUCCUGUCCCAGAGCAAGACCAUGAGCCUGCUGAACAUCAAGCAUGGCGACAUGCUGUACUUGGUCCCCACAGGCCCCGCCUCCUCCCCCGGGGAGGUCAUGGACACCGCCACGCCGCACUCGUCUUCGUACCUGCCGUCCGUUUCGUCGUCCUCGUCUUCGUUCUCCUCCUCGUCCUCCGCGAUGCCGCGGUCCUUCUCGGCGCCGCAGAUCCAAGAGGAUGAGAUCGACCAGUACCUGACGAAGCAGGACGGCAAGAUCUACAGGAACAAAGACCCCCAGCUAUGUCACCACGGCUCCCUUGGGAAGUGUGUGCACUGCGUACCGCUGGAGCCCUUUGACGAGGACUACCUGAACCACCUGGACCCGCCGGUGAAGCACAUGUCGUUCCACGCGUACCUCCGGAAGCUGACGGGCGGCGCCGACAAAGGGAAGUUUGCGGCGCUGGAGAACAUCAGCUGUAAGAUCAAGUCCGGCUGCGAGGGCCACCUCCCCUGGCCCGAGGGCAUCUGCACCAAGUGCCAGCCCAGCGCGCUCACGCUCAACCGACAGAAAUACCGCCACGUGGACAACAUCAUGUUCGAGAACCACACCACGGCCGACCGCUUCCUGGACUUCUGGAGGAAGACGGGCAGCCAGCGGAUGGGCUACCUGUACGGCCGCUACACGGAGCACAAGGUCAUCCCGCUGGGCAUCCGCGCCGAGGUGGCCGCCAUCUACGAGCCGCCGCAGAAAGCGACCCAGAACAGCCUGGAGCUGGUGGAGGACCCCAAAGCUGCAGCCGUGGACGAGAUCGCCGCCAAGCUGGGCCUGUGCAAGGUGGGUUGGAUCUUCACUGACCUGCUGUCUGAGGACACGAGGAUAGGAACGGUCCGCUACACGAGGAACCAUGACUCUCACUACCUGAGUGCGGAGGAGUGCAUCACAGCCGGAUACUUCCAGAACCUUCACUCCAACAGCUGCCGGCUCUCCAGAGACGGACACUUUGGAUCCAAGUUUGUCACCGUGGUGGCGACAGGCGGCCCUGACAACCAGGUGCACUUUGAGGGCUACCAGGUGUCCAAUCAGUGCAUGGCGCUGGUGAAGGACGGGUGUCUGCUGCCCUGCAGAGACGCCCCAGAGCUCGGCUUCGCCAAGGAGUCGUGCACCGAGCAGUACAUGCCCGACGUCUUCUACAAGGACAAAGACAAGUUUGGGAAUGACGUGACGUUCCUGGCGCGGCCUCUUCCUGUGGAGUACCUCAUCAUUGACAUCACCACCACCUUCCCAAAGGACCCUCAGUACACGUUCUGCUCCACACAGAGGUUCCCCAUCGAGAACCGAGAGAUCCUGGGAGAGACGCAGGACUUCAAGAGCUUAUCCACAUACCUGUCCCAGUGCACCUCCACGUCGUUCCUGGACAUCGUGUCGGACUUCCACCUGCUCCUCUUCCUGGUGACCAAUGAGGUCAUGCCCCUGGGGGACAGCAUCGGGCUGCUGCUGGACGCUGUGAGGACCUCCAAUGAAGACCUGGCUCAGACCUGGAAGAAGUCCGAGCAGUGGGCCACCAUCGAGCAGCUGUGCAGCACCGUGGGCGGGCAGCCGUCCAGCUCCCAGAGCUACGGGGGGGCCAUGGGGGGCCCCUCGGCCCCGGCCUCCUCCUCCGCCAUGUGGUCCUGCCUCCACUGCACCUUCAUGAACCAGCCCGGCACGGAGCACUGCGAGAUGUGCAGCCUGCCCCGCGGUUAAGGCGCUAUGCCCCGCCCCCCUGCCCCGCCCCCUCGCCAGUGACAUCGCUGCACCAGGUCCAGCUGAGAGACCCCCCCCCCCCUUAUUUGUUUUCUUUGGCCUCGCGUUGAAGCGUCUGUCCCUCCAUCAACGUCAUCAAGUAUAUCUGAUUAACCCAGAAGUGUUACUUUUGUCGCCCCCCUCAAAUAAUCAGAGACUGGAGUGCCCCCCCCCCCUCACUCCCAACGUCUUCUGGAUGAAUCUUGCUGUGCAUAAGUACAUUUGAAGAAUGAUACUGUUAUUUAAUUAAGCUUCUUCUUCUUCUUCUUUUUUAAUGAUCAGCUUGUCGCUUUACACUCUGACUCUUCAGCGUUGAGGUCCCGGUCUCUGACGAGCCCCUUAAAGUACAAUCAGACCCCUGAAGCUCCGCCCCCGGAGGCCCUUUGAAGAGUUUAUAUUCUGAGCGUUGAAUGACUUCCCACGUUGUUCCUAAACUUCUCCUGCCGGCUCGUUGGAUUUGUAGCUUCUUGUUGAGCUCGGCAGAGCAGCAUGCGUCUCCUCUGGGUCUCCAUGUGGCCCCUGUGACUCCCUCUGGGUCUCCAUGUGGCCCCGUGACUCCCUCUGGGUCUCCAUGUGGCCCCCGUGACUCCCUCUGGGUCUCCAUGUGGCCCCCGUGACUCCCUCUGGGUCUCCAUGUGGCCCCUGUGACUCCCUCUGGGUCUCUAUGUGGCCCCUGUGACUCCCUCUGGGUCUCCAU